CAGCAACCUGGAUUCUUGGGAUUUAUGAAAAUCACAAAUUUCAAGGAACCAAAGAUCUUGUAGAUAAUUUCAUAAAAAGGGAAAGGCCAUUUGAUAAUGGCCAAAGUAAUUAAUUAAGGGUAUCUAUGUUUUGAAAAUUGUAGAUCCGUAUCUCUCCACUUGCGUAAACAUUCCGGAAAAAUUUUCAAAUCUUGUUUCUUCCACCGUUAUUUACUUUAUAUAUGUUGGGCAUCACUUAAUUGUAUUGUAAUUAGCUCCGAUUCGAAGGGCUUUUCGGGGGGAAAACACAAAUUUCGACAAACAUCCAAGUAUCCAACGUUUCUUUCUUUCUUCUUCCUUUUUCUCCCUCUGGCUCGCUAACUCUAGUAGCGUCUGCUGUCUAGUAGUAAUGUGUGUGAAGUGUAGAGGGUUCAGUGAGAGUGAGUCACAAUCUUCACUACAGCCAACUUCUUCGUCAUCGCCAUAACACCGAAACACGAUUUCUUAUUUAUACGGGUUCUCUUCUCUUCCUUUUGUCUCUGAAAACAAUCAAAGAGGAAAACUCAGUUAACGAUCUCCCGGGAUCUCAUACUUCUCCAUCCAUUCCCCCCAAACCUUUCUGCAGUACCAUGGCCGAAACACUAGAUUCUGGCAUCAGAGAGAUUUCACCACCAUGCAGAACCCCACACAUGGGUACCGGAGCUGGACUGGAAACCCCAAAGUCCGGCACCCUAUCGUCUACCGGGACUAAAGAAACCCUAGUUUGUGAUAAUGCUGCUGGUAAUAACAACAAAAACAAAGGUAGUUUCAGAGCUGUGGUCGAUACGUCUCCGCCGUUCGAGUCGGUUAAGGAGGCCGUCAGUCGCUUUGGUGGUAGCGGUACUUGGAGACCUCCUCACAAGUUUAUGGAAGCCAGACAUAGCACCAAGAAUUUUGAUACAGGGAAAGUAGAGGAACAGACUGCACAGUUGGAGAAAGAUCUGGUUGUGAAAGAACAGGAGACACUGGACAUCUUAAAAGAACUGGAAUCAACAAAACGAGUUGUGGAAGAGUUGAAGUUGCAGCUUCAGAGAGGAACAUUCAAAGCUACUGCAAACCUGGAUUCAAUUUCAGAUAACAAGAAGAUAAAUCCUGUUGUCCAAGGAAAGGAAAAGCAUACUCCUGAAAUUAUAGCUAAGACACAUCAGGGCUCGGUGGAAGGUUUGAGCCUGUGUCCCUCUUCUUCUCCAGGUAUGAUAUUAAUGGAAUUGAAGCAGGCAAAGGUCAACCUAAACAGAGAAACAAGUGAUAUUGCUGGAAUCCGUGCUUCUGUUGAAACACUUAACAAGAAAAUAGAGAAAGAAAGAAUUUCACUUGAGAAAACUCGUGAGAGAUUGACCUCAAAUUCUACCAAGAUAUCUUCUCUUGAGGAAGAGUUAAACCGAACAAGACUGAAGCUGCAACUGACUAAGGAUUUAAAAGUUAAAGGUGAUUCUGAUAAUCCAACUAAUAUUUCAAGAGAGCUCCAAGAAUUGAGUAUGGAGACUAGCAAGUUCAAGAAGAUGGCAGAAGCUGCUAAAGUCAAAGUUCUGAGAACUAUUUCAGAAAUUGAACAGACCAAGACAAGUAUAAAAACAGCUGAGAUCGGGUUGGUUGCAGCCAAAAAGAUGGGAGAAGCAGCUAGAGCUGCAGAAGCGGUUGCCUUAGCAGAGAUGAAGGCCUUAUCAAACAGCAAGAGUUCAUCUAGAGUUUCCUGGCAAAAUCCUGGAGUAACUCUUUCUUUUAAAGAGUAUUCUUCCCUAACACAUAAAGCUCAAGAAGCUGAGGAGAAUUUGAAGAGAAAGGUAGUAGAUGCAAUGCUUCAAAUUGAUGAAGCAAAUAUAUCUAAGAUGGAGAUACUAAAGAAGGUGGAAGAAGCAGAAGCAGAAGUUAAAAUCAGUAAAAAGGCCCUACAAGAGGCUUUGAACAGAGUGGAGGCUGCUGAUAAAGGGAAGUUUGCAGUUGAAGAGGCUUUGAGGAAAUGGAGAUCAGAACAUGGUCAUAAAAGGCGCUUGAACUCUAACAAGUUCAAGAAUUCCUAUCCAUCUCACCAUAGGAGAGGUUCACGGCUGCUUGAUCUCAAUGGGCUGGACAUUGGUAGUGAUGGAUCAAAACCUGUCUUGAGACCUACCCUGUCAAUAGGGCAAAUAUUGAGAAGGAAAUUGCUUCUGAUGGAAGACUGUGAAAUGGGGUUGGCUGGAGACAGCAUUGAGAAACCAAAGAUGUCGCUGGGUCAGAUACUCAGUAAAAGAAAUGAUGUUCUAUCUCCUCAUAAGCCUACAAAAGAAGGAAAUUCUCACAAGCAGUUCUCUAAGAGGAAGAAGUUUGGAUUUGCCCGGUUUUCACUCCUCUUGGCAAAACAAAAUAAAAAGAAGAUGCAAGUACCUACGCCAAGGUAACUAGGUGGUUUAAUUUGUCUAUAGAUCACAUGGUCCUUUCACAUCUUUCUGGUUUGUAAAUAUUUUUAUUAUUUCUAUCAUUUGCUUACGCUUUCUUUUUGUAAAAGAUUUUGUGAUAUUGCGA